AUGUCUUCGUUAAAAGAAUACUUACUGAAUUUAAAUUUAUUUUCACCAUCAUCCGAUUCCAAUGAACAAGAAAAUGAUCAACAACGUCGAUGGAAUAUUAUUAGUACACGAAUUUAUAUUAUACUUAUCAUACUCAUUCUUUUUAUUAUUGGUCUUGUUUUAUUAUUACUUGAACAAUCGACGAUGGUUACUAUAUCAAAUCCAACAAAAGAACAGUUUGAAGGUGUGCCUAUCAAUGCAAAAUGUUCAUGUUCUCAUAUUUAUAUUCCAUAUGGAAAAUUUGUGUCAUUGAAAACAAGUUUUCAUCAAGUUUGUUCAAGUGAUUUUAUAACUGAUCGAUGGCUAAAUGCAAUUGAUUCGAAAACAAUUACAACUUAUUUUGGUUUUCGAGACUUUCGACGUUUUGGUAAUACUCAAUUUCAAGCACUUGCUGCUUAUUGUCGUUUGUCAAAAUCAUAUACUAAUCAAAGUGUUUAUGCCGUCUAUCAAAAUACAUUACUAAGUCCACAAAUCUUAUCAAACACAUCUCUGCGCGCACACAUCAAUACAACAAUUGAACAAUUCAAACUAAAAACGCCAAAUACUUUUAAUUUUCAACUAAAAUUAAUCACAGAAAUGACAAUCGUCAAUGACUUAAUACCUGCAGUACAAACUAGCGAGUAUCUCAUAAAUUUAAAAUUACGCCGUAUGCUAUACGAAUCUGGAUACCUACAAACGGUUGGUGGUGCGUGUACGUGUUUACUACAAAAUUGCGAUCAAAUAGAGUCAGGUAUUGCCAAUACAUUUGGAAAACUAAGUCCACAUGAGAUUCUGAAUAGUUUGGCAUGGUCUAUACCAGGAAUGUCAACAAGCUGUUUCCCAGGAUUUACACUUCUAUCGUCGACACUUGAAUGUUUUUACAAUCAAACAUGUGUAGACAAACUUAUGACAUAUUUUCCAACAAGUGAAGAAUUCAAAGCGAUGAUUAUAAAUAAUGAAAGUUUAUAUCAACCAACAUCAACUGUCCAAUCGAUAAUUGAUAAUUUGAUGAUUGAAAAUUGGACAAUGAAUAUUUUUUAUGAUAAAUAUUAUUCAGAAUGUGCACCAUCUUCAUGUACUUAUUUGAAAAUUACUCGACGAGAUUUUGUUCAUGUCUUAAAAAAAUUGAUUAGUUUUUUGUCUAGUUUGACAUUAAUACUGGGAUUGAUAAUUCCGCUGGUUAUUCGAUUCAUUAUGCAACGACGAGAUCGAACACCAAAACCACGAAUUUCUUUCAAAAAUCGUUUAUAUCAAUUUAAAGAAACUAUUCAAAAGAAAUUAAUUGAAUUGAACAUUUUCAAACAAUCUUCUAAUACAGAUCGACAAACAAAAUUUCAACGUUAUGGAACACGAUUGUAUAUAUUUUUACUGAUUGGUUCAAUGAUAAUUAUAACUAUUUAUGUAUUUUUACAAAAAUCAAUUCAAUCAAAAACGAUUUCUUAUCCUACUGAAUCUCAGUUUUCUCAACUUCAAAAAAAAUAUCCUCAAUCACUUUCAUGUCCAUGCAGUUCAAUAUCAAUCUCUUAUUCAAAUUUUAUAAUAAUUCAACCACAAUAUCAUCAAUUAUGUCGAAGUAAUUUCAUUUCUAAAGGAUGGAUUGAUUACAUCUGGUACAGUAUAGGUGAACAAGGUUUGCUUCAUUUUGAUUAUCGAAAAAUUGCUCCUGCUUAUUUUCAAUUAUUAUUACUAUUUUGUAAACAAGCGAACGAAACCAUUGAUAAUGCACUUGAAAUUUUUCUCAGAACAGAACUCAUUAGUUUACAAGUUCUUGCAAAAGAAUCGUUUGAAAAUCAAUUAACUUCAUCGAUUGAAGAUUGGAAAUUAUCAACGACAAAUACUUUUAAAAGAACUAUUCAAUUAAUUCAACAAAUUUAUCAACGAAAUCAAUUGAUUAGUGGUGUGCCUACUAAUUUUUUUUCAGUAGAUGAAGAUUUAGGAGUAUAUGGAAACCUACAAACACGGCAAGGCUGUAAUUGUAUUUUAUCUCUAUCCUGUAAUUCUACUCUUAAAAUGUAUCGUACCAGCGGAACUGGUAUAUACGUCUAUGACCCACAUCCAGUUUUGAAUAUUUUUUAUGACUGUUAUCUAAUUCAAUCAUUAUUUGAAUCAACAUUAGAAUGUUUUUAUAAUCUAUCAUGUAUGUUAACAAUUGAUAAAGAUUUAGAUUCUCCAAUACCUUUCAAUUUUUCUGCUCUUGAUCCAGAUUUAAAUCAACCAAAUGAAAGAAUCGAAAUGAUUAUUAAUCGAUUAAUGGUUGAUAAAUGGUUACCAAAUGUUAAUUUCUCAUUAUAUUAUAAAAAAUGUUUACCAAAAUCAUGUACAUAUCAAUAUAAUGAUCGAAAUAAUAUUUUUAUUAGUAUUACAACUAUUAUAAGUAUUUUUGGUGGUUUAUCACUUGCAUUAAAACUUUUAAUUAUGAUUAGUCUGGAAUUGAUCAAUAAAAUUUGUUCAAAUAAUUUCUUUCAUUUAAUUUCAUUCAAUUUCGUUAAGCAAAUCUUUAUUCAUCAUACUCAAAAUCAAAUUAUUCAUCGAUUACAUGUCAUUUUAGUUGUUGGAAUUCUUAUUUUACUUUAUAUAUUUUCAACUUUUACUCCUCGUGUAAUAACUAUUCCAACGGAUAAACCUUCAUUAGAAAUCUAUAAAGAUUUAUAUAAAGAAUACAAUGAUAUAUUGAAAUGUCCAUGUUCGCAAUUAUCAAUGAAGUAUAACUCAUUUUUAACUUUAAAAACUCGUUUGCAUGAAAUAUGUUCAAGUGAAUUUAUUAAAGAUCGGUGGUUUUUAUAUUUAUAUGAGAAAAGAAAUAAUAAAAAACGACAUUCACCAUAUGAUUUUUAUAAUUCAGCGGUUGGACAAUUUAAAUUACUUUUCUCAUUUUGUGAUUUAUCAAAUCAAACAGUUUCUGAAUCAAUUUUUCAAUUAGGAACAACGGAUUUUAUUAAUAAUCAACUUUUAUCAUUAGAUAUCUUAAAUAAUACAAUUGAAAUGUUUAUUAAUGAAUUUAAACAAACAAUAUCACAAUCAUUUGUCAAUAGUAUUUCAUUAAUUCGAGAAACAAUUAGUAGUAAUAUGUUUAUAACUGCAUAUCUAAGUAAUUGGGGGUUUGAAACUGUACGUUUUACCCAAGAGCUAAAAGUUAUUCGUAUGGUUCCCUUAAAUUAUACUGGAUGUAGUUGUUCAUCAUCAUCUAAAUGCGUUAGUUCAUCUCGUGGAAUGCUAACUGGUUGUUAUCCACUUGAAACAAUAUUUCAAACAAAAUUAGAUUGUUUUUAUAAUCAGUCAUGUAUUGAUUCAACAAAUAAUUUCAAAUCAAUAAAUAUUUCAUCAUUAGAAACAAGUCGUUUUUUAUCAAGUCAAACAAUUGAGUCAGUUGUCAACGAAUUAAUGAUUGAAGAAUUAAAAUUUGAAAUAAAUUAUCCAAAUUAUUUUAAUGCAUGUUCACCAUCAUUAUGUAUUUAUUCAUAUGUUGAUGAAACGAAUGCUAUCGAAGGAAUAUUAACAUUAAUUGGUUUAUAUGGUGGUUUAGUUAUUAUUUGUCGAUUAAUUGCUAUUAUUAUUGUCAAAACAAUGUGUCGGGUGGAGAUUAGAGUUAAUCCGGCUACAAGUGUAUCUUAA